AGUGGAGAAGAGCAAUUUUGAAGCGGGAAAUUGACUUUAAUUAAAAUACUACUACACUAAAAUAAAAAAUCAAUUAGAUUACUCGUAACUUUUCCAAUUAUAUUAAUAGAUUAGGACAAUAAAAGUUUAGUUUUCACCUGCUAUGUAUUCGAAUCACAAUCUAAAACAGUUGCAAGAUCAAUAUAAAGUGGAACAGAAUACGUUGAUGCAAAGUACUAGAAUCACAAAUCUAAAACCAAUUCGCCUACAAUUUCUUUUGCUUGGUUUUGUGAUUGGGUGCAUGGCAGUAUGGUUCAUGAAUUUUAGCUGUUUCAAAUUCAUCCUGGUUUUCCAAUAGGUGGUUAAGUCGAACUUCAGUUGGUUUUGGCCUUUUGCUUCUAAGUUUUGCAGAACUCUGCUGGUGUCGCAAGAGCAAGAAUAAACCCACCUAGAAUGGCGAUUGAAUGCCUCGUUUUAGGGGCAGGGCAAGAGGUGGGAAAAAGCUGCGUGGUGGUGACUAUAAACGGCAAGAGAAUAAUGUUUGAUUGUGGGAUGCAUAUGGGAUAUCUGGAUGAUCGUCGAUAUCCUGACUUCUCACUGAUCCCUCGCAAUGCUGCUGAAGAUUUUACUAGCUCCCUCAGUUGCAUCAUUAUCACACAUUUCCACUUGGAUCAUAUUGGUGCACUUCCUUAUUUCACUGAAGUAUGUGGAUAUAAGGGACCCAUUUACAUGACGUAUCCUACAAAAGCUUUGGCUCCGCUGAUGCUGGAGGACUAUCGUAAAGUGAUGGUUGACAGAAGGGGAGAGGAAGAACAGUUUAGCUCCAAGGAUAUUGUGGAGUGCAUGAAGAGAGUAACUGCCGUCGAUUUGAAGCAGACUGUGCAAGUUGAUAAGGACCUUCAGAUUCGUGCAUAUUAUGCAGGACAUGUUCUUGGAGCUGCAAUGUUCUAUGCAAAGGUUGGAGAUGCUGCCAUGGUGUACACUGGGGAUUAUAAUAUGACAGCAGAUAGACAUCUUGGAGCUGCUCAAAUUGAUCGACUGCAUUUGGACCUUGUCAUAACAGAGUCAACUUAUGCAACAACACUCCGGGAAUCAAAGUAUGUUCGGGAGCGGGAGUUUCUAAAAGCUGUUCACAACUGUGUUGCUUGUGGAGGAAAGGUGCUGAUUCCUUCAUUUGCUUUAGGAAGAGCACAGGAGCUGUGUAUGCUAUUGGAUGACUAUUGGGAGCGCAUGAAUCUUAAGAUUCCUAUCUAUUUCUCCGCAGGUUUGACUAUUCAAGCCAAUGUAUACUAUAAAACUCUGAUCAACUGGACAAGCCAAAAGGUGAAAGAUUCGUAUGCUACACGCAAUCCUUUCAAUUUUAGAAAUGUCUGCAAGUUUGAGCGCUCCUUGAUAAAUGCUCCCGGGCCUUGUGUCCUCUUUGCUACUCCAGGAAUGAUAAGUGGUGGAUUUUCACUUGAAGUUUUCAAGCAAUGGGCUCCAGAUGAAGUGAAUCUCGUCACACUGCCAGGGUAUUGUGUGGCUGGGACAGUUGGACACCGGUUGAUGUCAGCUAAAACACCAACCCAAGUUAAUAUAGAUCAAAACACCCAAAUUGAUGUGCGAUGCCAGAUUCAUCAGUUGUCUUUCAGUCCUCAUACUGAUGCCAAGGGAAUUAUGGAUCUCAUCAAAUUUCUGUCACCAAAGCAUGUGAUUCUUGUACAUGGUGAAAAGCCAAAGAUGGAAUCCCUCAAAGGUAAAAUUGAGUCUGACUUUGAUAUGCAAUGCCAUGUUCCUGCAAAUAACGAGACUGUGAGCAUCCCUUCUACUCACUAUGUGAAAGCUGAUGCAUCAAGCGCUUUCCUUAAAAGCACAUGGAGUCCAAACUUCAAGUUUGUCACAGAAAGAUCAAGAGGGAAUCUUAUUACAGAUGAUAUGGACAUGAUUUCUAAGCCUGUGCUACGGGUACGUGAUGACAGAGUAGCUGAAGGCAUACUAACCACGGGGAAACACCAGAACCCAAAGAUUGUACACCUGAAAGAGCUUGUACAUACAUCAGGACUGGAAACUCAUGAUGUCCAGUUUGCCCUUUGUUUUCCAGUGCGAAUCACCAAAAUGGAUGAGCAACAACAACUGAAUCCUGUGUCACAAGAAUCUCUGCCUUUUCUGCACCAACUAUUUCUGAAGCUUAGUAACAAUUUUUCUGAAGCAACCAUCCAGGAAUCGGACCAGAAUCUUCAAAUUGAAUCAUUUAUUGUCUCCGUGUGUUCCAAGGAAAAAUGCCCUCACAGGAUGAAUGAUGGUCCUGAUUCUACAUAUGAAGCAGUUCAUUUUUGUUGCACGUGGUCAGGAGCAGAUGAGAAGCUUGCUCGGAAUGUUAUUUCAUUUAUGAAGAACCUGGUGUUGAACAAGUGCUGAAGGUGCUAAGUUUUAAUACCAUCUCCAAGGACGGCUUUGGAUCUGGCUUCAUCAGUCCAGAUGUUACACCUUGUAUAGUUGGUUGAUAGUGUAAGAUCAAGCCUAUCAUGCUCAAUCCACUGGUGAAACAUUCAGCGGCUAUGUCAUACGUGUUAACACACGUUUCAGAAUAGAAGAAUUUCGAUUCAGUUUGUGCUUUGACUAAAGCUUUAAUAAACAUGAACUGCUAAUCGAGGUUGCUAACGUCGAGUCUUAUUGGAAAUUUCUAUCGAUUGGUUGAAGGAUAUGAAAGAGAAUGUAGUUUUGGAGGGAA